AUGGACCUUCAAGGCUUCUACUGCCCUGAGGGCACGGAGAGACCCCAGGUCUGUCCUCCUAACACCAUGAGACAGGCCCCGGGUGGCGCCAGCCUGCAGGACUGUGUAGCGUGUCCGCCCCAUCACUGGUGCAUACCUGGAGACCCGGAGCUCCACCUCUGUCCUGCCGGUCACUACUGCAAUGGUCUGCAGGGGGGCCCCGGCAGAGGGGGGCCCCAGGAGUGUCCGGCCUUCACGUACAGGGCCACUCCAGGGGCCGGGGCCAGGAGCCACUGCCACCCCUGUCCUCCUGGGUCUUACUGCCUGACAGACUACACCAGCCACCCCUGCCCCCCUGGGUACUGGUGCAGUGGGGAGGGUCCGCCCAUCGUCUGCCCUGCAGGAACCAAGAGGAGCCACCCUGGGGCAGCGGCACCCAGCCAGUGUGCGGCGUCAGAGAGUCGCUGCAGGCCAGGCUCCUUCUGCGGAGCCCAGGCCGCAGAGCCCGCCGUCUGCCCCAGAGGAUACUUCUGUCCGGAGGGGUCCCGUUCUUACAGUACGCCCGAGCAGCUCUGUCGGUUCCCCUUCUACUGCCCGGCCAACAGCUCCACCCCUCGCUCCUGCGAGGGGGGGUCCGCGCCUGUCAACACCACCGGGCUUCGAGGAUCCAAGAGCAGCUGUUGUCGUGUGUGUGAGGGGGGCACCUACCGGCUGCACUCCUCCCCGACCCCCCACUGCCUGCCCUGCCCCCCUGGAUAUUACUGCCCUCAAGGUGCAGAGAGUUACCACGGCAACCCCUGCCCUCUGGGUCACGUGUGCCCCGCCGGUGCGCCCCGCCCCCUCCUGUGCCCUCCGGGCUCCUUCGGUAACCUGACCCGGGCAGGGCGCGGCGAGCAGUGCCACUCGUGCCCGGCCGGCACCUUCAACCACCUGCCGGCGCAGCCAGCCUGCUUCCCGUGUGGUAGCUCCGCCACCUCCUCAGAAGGCUCAGCCUCAUGCACGUGCAUGGGGAAGAACCGUGCGUUCCAGCCCUCAGACGGGUCCUGUCUGUGUCGGACUGGCUUCAUCUUCUACAACCAGCUGGACUUUAAAAGCUCCAGCGCAGACAGUCAGGUGGACUGCCAGCCUGAGGUGAACAGGCGCUGCGCCGCGGGACAGGUGCGGCUGGCGGCGUCCCGCGAGUGCGUCGCCCCCUCCCUGUACCCGUGCAACGUCACCUGCGGAGCCCACGGCGGGACGGUGGACCCGGAGAUGGGCAUCUGUCGGUGUGAGCGCUACGUGUCCUCCGAGGAGCUGUGCAACUCUUCCUGCGUGGCCGGCCUGCCGCAGCUCUCCGCCCGGCUCUCCGCUGACGGACAGCUCAGCCUCAGCCUGAAGCAGAUGGACAGCCGGCUGUGGGUCCGGAAUGGCAGGGAUAUUUUGGGCCCCGAUGUCCAUUUGAAGAACAUUGGGAAGGUCCAUGUGGUCCAGUUUGUCCCUGAUGGCGUGUUUGGUUGGAUCUUCACGGACAGAACGUUGAUGAUUCAAUUUCUGUCAGAUGAGGGGGAACUCCUUCACGACAAGGUUAGGAGUAAGAGAGACACAGAAACCAAAGAGACUGUUCGGACGCCCGUCACUCUUCCACGAAUCCCGAAUCCCAUCGGCUGUCUGUCCUCUGGAGACAUGAUAGUGUUCCAGCUCACCAUCAACCACACUGACCGCAGCCUCAGCCACUUCCCGGUGUAUCACAAAGACCACCUGUUCAACAGCAACCCCGGCUGGGAUUUCGGGGCCUUCCGGCGUCUCCAGGUCCUCAUGAAGCAGACACACUUCAACUCAACAAGGUUCGCCCACGUGUUCUCGGAGACAGGGAAGUACGUGCUGGUGGACAGCGCAGUGCCUGAGAGGAGUGUGGUGGUGGUGGUGAGUGACAGGGGGACGCAGUGUGACCCCAGGGCGGCCGUGUUCCAGCCCCAGACCCCCGCACAGCUGGUCCGCUUUGGGAUCCUCAAGCAACCCCGCCUCAACCUGCUGCCCGACUGGGGGGUCAUCGUCGCGGUCCUGAGUCUCCUGCUGCUGCUGGUGGUGGUGCUGACCAGUAUAGCGCUGGUUCUGAGGCCCAGCAAAGCCAAGCUGAUCCUGCAGUGGAGGAACAAACCACGCUGGCGGAGCCUGGGGGAGCCCUGCUGUCCUGUGGAGUACCUUCCUCAUGGAGACAGCUUACCCGCCCCACUAAACUGUGCAGGCCUACUAGGUAACAGAGGAGUAGGAGAGGGGGCAGAGGCAGAAGAACCUGCCGUCUCAAAGGGAGAGCGUUUUGACUUGGAGGAGUUCAACGUUAAAACCCUGUACGACAAACUGGAGGACCAAAACCUGCACCUGGCUUCACAGUUGGCCCGCCACCGCAAAGACACACAGGAAUUCUACAGGAACAUGUGCCAGCAGGCCGAUGGCUUACAGAAUCUUUUAGAAAACAUGGAUGAAAAGAAAUUAAGUCUUCUGAAGGAGCUGGGCCUUGACUCCAUGGAGCGUAAGCUCUGUACUGAUGCUGGGGGAGAGAAGAAAAAACAAGCCGAUGCUUCUGUGGCCCUGCUGGGUGCUGUUCUGGGGUCUGUGGAAGCCCUCAUACUGCGGCUGACGGGGGAAGGCUGGCAGAACCAGGAUCUGCCCUCACCACCCCACUGCCUAGACAACCAUGAGUGUGAGGAGUAUGGACAAAACAGCGAAGCACACGUGUGUGAUCCACAGUCGUCCCCGAGGAAUUUAACCAAAAUAGAAGGUCCUCAUCAAGAUUCAGGCCAUUCGCUGAGUGACCAUGACCUGUCCAAGCUGGUGGCCAUAACUCCUCUGUCUAGAACUCUGCAGGAGAUCCAGCAAUCUCUACAGAAUCUAACUUCAGGCGGCCCUGAUGUUAACGACCAGGCUGUUAUUGAAGACCAGCCCCUGCAGCCAAUUCCGGUCGCCCUGGACAAUCUUCCUCCACAGCACUCUGCCAUUUUCCUGUUUGGUUGCCAGGUGAUGCGGUUGCUAGGCAAAUUGCCUUUGUUCCCGCCUGUGCUUUUGUUGAUCGCAAAGUCCAUCCCUGUCUCCUCCUGGUCCUCCCCGGGGGGUUUGCUGGCGCAUUGCUCGGGGGGCUUUCACUUUGACAAGAGCAAUCAGAUACUCUACCUCUCUGAGGCCAAGCUUCAGCACGUGGGUCAGUUCAUCGCCACCAUCCUCCAGGCCAUGGCCUAUGUGGCAUCAGGGUCCAGGCCGCAGAUCUUUAUGCAGGCCCUUCAUCAGGCAAUAUCAGCGCUGAGCCUUCAGCUCUUCAACGUCUCCUUUAAGUUGGACCAGCCGGAAGACUCUGAGGCUCCACAGAGGUCACAGCACGGCUCGUUACCCGACGACUUCCUCAACGUCAGCGUCCCCUACGAGGAGUAUUUCACUGAGGAUCUCCUGGCUAGCAGACUUCAGAAAUACAAGUUUUUCAAAUUAGAGCAGCUAAUCAGAGAUCUGAAACAUGGACCACAAACAGCUAAGCAGAGAAACAUGGGUGUAUCCCCUGAAGGUAAUCCUGCUCAGGUCUCCUCCAUAGAGGAGGAAAUAGAUCGCUUGAAUGAAUCCUUCCUACAUCUGAGUCUCCAGCUGCAGAAAAGAGGUCAGAUGCACACUCAGCGCUGGGAGAGUCAGCAUACUUCAACCGAUCAUGCGGCUAGGCCAGCCGGCACAGAGCUGCCAGCCCUCAGUCGUAAUGGAACAAUCCUGGUGGAGCUCCAAAGACGAUACGUGUCCCAGAAACUCGACGAGCUGCAAAUCACAUUAGAGCAGAGAAGGCCGUGCCAGCGGCCCGGUGGCCCCUCACAAGACGGGCCCAAGAAGAACCCAACAGCCACCGACAGCUACACCGCUCAGCAGGGGGGACACACCCCCGGCCCAGAAGACCAUCAGAACCACCACGACCACGGGGCUCUUUCAGAGGGCUGCAGGCAGGACACGGCUCCAACUUAUCACCGCAGUCAGAGCCAACCAUCGGUAGUCACAGAGAGCGGACAGUUUGGAAACUAUUUAUUAGAAGGGCAUGUUUCCGACCAGAAGGCUCAAGCUUCCUGAAAGUGCCAGCGAUGGUGAUGAUACAUGCAUGGCCGACUGAUGAAUACCAGAGCCUCCCGAGUGCAAAGACCCAGGGAAAAGUGGAGUUGAAUUGUCAGAUAGCAGAGGAGUGGCUGACAAGAGGUACAGAUAUAGACGACCUAAUCACCCGGCGCCGGGUCUGAAUGUAGAUAAAUAGUUGAGGUUUUAGUUAGUCGUCAUAUUUUUCUUUCUGUUGUGCUACUCUUAUAACUGAAUAGAUGACGUUGACAAACGACUGAGAAUACUCAAUCAGAUUCUCUGGGUUUUUUGAGGUUCCUGAAUUUGACAGGAAUGACGAAUUAUACUUUGCACAGGCUAUAGAAUAAGUGAGUGAGUGCAGAUUUCAUCAUACCUGAUCCAGAACAGAAAUAUUCUCUGCCUGGCAAGAGUUGUGUAACACAAUCUGUCAUCUUGUCCAAAUAGUUUCCAAGUCAGGAGUUCUACAGGCCGUGUCGGUAGCAGCCCACUAGUUGCCACACUUGUAUCAACACAUCCAAUAAUAGGCUGUUGCCGCUGCAGAUAAAACUGAGACAGAUCAUGAGAUGUUUUCCUGUCUUGGCCUGUGUGACCUUUUCUUUCAUGUUCCUUUCACCUUGUUCUGCCCGUCUUCCUCAUUCACACGGCCAUCCACAAACCGGACCACUAACAGAACCAGAACCUGAAGUACACAUUAAACAUUGUGAACCUGCUCCACUAUGUGCCGUCUUUCUCCAUUUCUGAGGACAGUGCUCAGGGUCCCAUAAUAGAAAGUGAGUUUUUCUUCAGGGGACAAUAGUCAGUGAGCCAAUUCCGAAGGUCAGCCAGGCAACAAGGUCUUCAGUUGCUAUCAGUGUUAGGUUUGAGCUCCAUGCCAAAUCCUUUUGGCAGAGAGAUACACACUGCUCUGCUGAUCCAAUGUUCCCUUUUGAGUGUGAUGUGGAUUUUGGAAAGCAUGUGUUAAGGUAUGCCUGUGCAUUCGGUGGGAGGAAAAACAGGGGUUUUGUCUGCUCCUGUUUGUGUUCAUCAAGACAGUCAAAGAGAGUGAGGGAAAAGAGAGAGGACAGAGAAUGGUAACGAUGGUUACAUGAGAUUAUUUGACCAGUUGGAUCAGCUCUGUGGCAACCCUUAAUCUUCCUUCUGUCUUUCACAUUUUUGUAUAACACCAUAACUCCCUGGAUAAAUGCUCUGUUCAAUGUGUGUGUGUGUGUGUGUGUCUAUGUGUUGAUUUGCACAUUAUCUGUGUCUAGUUGCGGUUAUUUAUAGAAUGUUUGUGUGUGUGCACAUGGUUCUGUGUGAACGUGUGUGUGUGUGUGUGUAUGUGUGUGUGUGUGUGUGUGUGUGUGUGUGUGUGUGUGUGUGUGUGUGUGUGUGUGUGUGUGU